AACAAUAAAAGAAAAAGGUGGAGAAGCAACUUUUCCCUGUAAAAACAGACAAGGUGUGCUCAUUCACGGGGUGUUAGCUUCAGUGAAACAUAAAUGACUGAUAUCAGACAUGUAGUUUGUAUUAAAGCUCACACCUGUCACACCUUGUCAACAUUUAGCAGGACCUGAGAGUCAGUGCAGAGUUUAGCCUGUGUUUGUUUUAGAGGAAGGGUAUUGUUGGGCUUCCAGGUUGGUACUUUUUGGUCCUUGAGUGUAUAAGUAGAUGAGACCACACAGAAAGUCCACAUGUAACCACUGAACAGGUGAGUUAAGCCGCGUGUUGGAAUCAUGUGAUUUGGAUAAGGCGAUUUGAUGAUUGAAUCCAGAUGUUGGUAUUUUCUCAUUUUCAGCCAUGGGGACCCUGCUGCUGUUCUGUGCUUUGGGGGCUUUCAUGAGCUGCCCAUCCAAUGCAGGCUGGGCAGGGAGAGAGUUUGCCAUGUCGUUUAUGGAGAACUAUGCACCGCACUACGAUGGACCCCGUUUUCAGCUGUACAUCACAGCCGUUCAAACCAAUACUAAAGUGACCGUUCAAGUGCCUUCCUUGAAAUUCAAAGAAGAAAAAUCCCUUAAGGCUGGAGAAGGGGUCACAGUCAGCAUCCCGACUGAUGUAGAGAUGUACGAAAGCGGAAAGUCUUCCAACACGGUGCAAAUUGAAGCUUCAGCCAAUGUUUCUGUGACCUCCUUUAACUACAAGCUGUACACAGCAGACACCUCUGUGUUGUAUCCGACCACAGAGUGGGGCACAGAGUACUUCAUCAUCACUCCUCCUGGAAGCCCGUACGGCUCUUAUAAAGAGUUUGCAGUGACAAAUGGAAAAGACAGCAACAAGGUGGAGAUCUACCCACAAGGGUCAGUGGAGUUUGAGGGCUGCGUCUACGGGAAAGGCAGUAAAUUGGAGACUGAUCUCCAGCCAUAUGAGAGUAUCCUGCUUCAGAGCAGCGACGACCUCUCUGGCAGCAGAGUUUCCUCCAAGAAUCCCGUUGCUGUAUUCACUGGCCACACUUGUACAUGGCAAUUCUCAAAAUGCAACCAUGUUUAUGAGCAGCUCCUGCCAGCAAGCAGAUGGGGAACAAACUUCAUUGUGCCUCCUCUGAGCUUCCAGGAGAACUACGACUCCUUGUUCCUCCAGGCCUCCCAGUCCACCAAGGUCACUAUCAACCAGGGUGACCGUAAAUAUGACCUCAGCCUCUCCAGGGGAGAGGUAAAGGAGAUCCUCUGCAAAAGUCCUGAAACAGUGUUCAUUCAGUCCGAUCGAGGCAUCCAGGUCCUCCUGCUCUUCAACGGCGUGAGACAAGGCUUGCACCUAUUUUAUGACCCCUUUUUAACCACCAUCAUGUCCACUGACCGCUUCUGCUCUUCCUACUCACUUGGGGGUCUUGACAAUUUUGACAAUAAAGCUCUCAUUGUGGCCAAAACUACAGGAACAGGUGGGAUACGUUUUGACAAUGGAAAUCUGCCAAAGGAUGUCCUGUGGAAAAAGAUCACAGGGUCAGAUUUCUCCUGGGCUGAGAUGUCCUAUGAACAGAAACCUGGCAACAAUGUUCACACUGUGUCCAGCCCUGACGUCAGCUUCGGUCUCUACAGUAUUGGAGUCAGUCAGAUGAAUGGUUAUGGUUCUGUGGGACACUGCACACAGCAAGGAAGUGGAUCUCUGUCCUGCAGCAGUGUCACCUGCAGUCCCAGUGAGGUGUGUGAGAUGAGUGGUGGGCAUCCCUCCUGUGUCCAAAAGCCAGUGAAGCUCGGCACCUGCUGGGCCAUGGGGGAUCCUCACUACAGAACGUUUGAUGGACAACGCUUUGAUUUUAUGGGCACCUGCGCUUACACCAUCACUAAAAACUGUGGGAAGGACAGCAGCCUUCCAGCAUUUGAAGUCGUUUCCCUGAACGAGAACAGAGGAAGCAGCAAGGUGUCAUACGUGAACCAGGUCAUGAUAACGGUGUACGGUGUCACUGUAACGGUGGUUCGAUCUGAGACGGGUCGAGUGAGGAUUGACAACAGUAUGUGGACCUUGCCUGUGGUUUUGAACAGCAACAAACUGAACAUGUCUCAGAGCGGCCGCUCUGCAGUUAUUGAGACUGACUUUGGACUCACAGUCCGUUACGACUGGGAUCACAAUCUUGUGGUUACUCUGCCUGACAGUUACGCUGGUAAGACGUGUGGGCUCUGUGGAAACUUCAAUGGCAAUCCAAGUGAUGAUUUUGCCACACCCUCUGGAAGUCAGGCAGCAGGUGUUGUAGCCUUUGGGACCAGUUGGAAGGUCCCAGGAUUGGUGGCGGACCCUCAAUGCAAAGAUGACUGUGUGGGUGGUUGUGCCAGCUGUGAUCAAAAUCUGCUUAAGAAGUAUGAGGAUAACUCAUUCUGUGGGCUGAUCAAAACAGAAAACGGUCCAUUCAGCAAGUGCUACUCCAUCAUUGACCCUCAAGCAUACCUGGAGAGCUGUAAAUAUGAUUUAUGUAUGGGAGGCGGUCUUAGACAAUUUCUCUGCAAGGCUCUCGAGGCUUACACGGACGCCUGUCAGGGUGCUGGGAUCCAAGUUCAAGAUUGGAGGAGCAAGGCAACAUGUCCUGUCAAAUGUCCAGCCGACAGUCACUACGAGCUCUGUGGAAGUGCCUGCCCUGCCACUUGUUCGGACCCUAAUGCCCCCUCCAAAUGCAAACGCCCCUGCAUGGAGACCUGCACCUGUAACAAAGGCUUUGUUUUAAGUGGAGACAAGUGUGUUCCUGAAGCUCAGUGUGGUUGCACCUAUGAGGGUCGGUACAUUCCUUCAGGGGAGGCAUUCUGGGCUGACCAGAACUGUAAGCAAUGGUGUAAAUGCAGCCCAGGAAGCAGACGUGUGGAGUGUCAAAAUAAAGGCUGCGGGGCAGGUCAGCAAUGCAAAGUGGUCAACGGCAUCAGAAAAUGCCAAGCGACAUCGAACAGUACCUGCCAGGCCACCGGUGAUCCUCACUAUGUGACCUUUGACAAGCAGAAGUUUGACUUUCAGGGCACGUGUGUUUACCAACUAGCUGCUCUCUGCUCCACGGACCCAGAGCUGGUGCCUUUUGAGGUCCGGGUACAGAAUGAUCACCGAGGCAGUAAGGUGGUUUCCUACACCAAGUUAGUGGAGAUCAAGGUGUACUCCACUAGCAUCGUCAUAACAAAGACGUACAAAGGCAUGAUCAUGGUAAACGAAGAGCUGCUCAACCUCCCAGUCAGCCUUAACGAAGGACGGAUAUCUGUGUAUAAGAGUGGCUUGUUUGCUUAUGUUACCACAGAUUUUGGCCUAAAAGUUUCUUUCAACUGGGAAAGUGCCGUUUUUCUAACACUGCCGAGCAACUACAUGAGCGCUGUCUGUGGCCUCUGCGGUAACUACAACGGCCGGUCCCAGGACGAUUUGACCCCCAAAGAUGGAAACAAACCUGUCAACCCUACAGAUUUUGGUUCCAGCUGGCGAGUGGCUGAAAUCCCGGGAUGUGUGGAAGGCUGUAAAGGGGUGUGUCCUGACUGUGACAUCACAGAAAAGGUUCAGUAUGAAAAGAAUGACUUCUGUGGCAUGAUCCGAGACCCCAAAGGGCCUUUCCGAGAGUGUCAUGCCAAGGUGGAUCCAGCUGGCUUCUUCGAGGACUGUGUUUAUGAUGUGUGCCUGUACAAAGGCCUGAAGGAUGUGCUGUGUCAGGCAGUUACAUCAUACACAUCUGCCUGCCAAGAAGUGGGAGCCAAUGUGUAUAGCUGGAGAACCAACCAGUUCUGUGAUGUGAGAUGUCCUGCUAACAGCCACUAUGAAGUCUGUGCACCUGCCUGUCCUUCAACCUGCAGCACUCUGGCUCCUCCUCAGGGAUGCCAGGCUUCUUGUAAGGAGGGUUGCAUCUGUGAUGAAGGCUUCAUCCUAAGUGGGAAUCUCUGUGUCCCCUUCUCGCAGUGUGGCUGCCUCUACAACGAGCGCUACUACCUCGUCGGUGAGGUGUUUUAUCCCAACGGGCAGUGUCAGGAGGAGUGCAAGUGCUCACAGGAUGGAAAAGUUGAAUGCAAGAAGUUCACAUGUGGUCCUAAUGAGAAGUGUAUGAUCGAAGACGGGAUCCAGAAGUGUCACCCUGUUGGUAAGGGGGUGUGCCAGGCCUCUGGUGACCCCCAUUACCUCUCGUUUGAUGGGAAUAAAUACGAUUUCCAAGGCACAUGCACCUACACUCUCUCUAAGAGCUGCGGGCUGGACGGCACCCACCUGGAGGACUUUUCUGUUCAGGUGGAGAACGUGCAGUGGGACCAAAUGAGGGGAAACAAAAAGGUCUCUGUUACCCGGCUGGUUGCUGUGGAGGUCUACGGCUUCACACUCAUCGUGAGAACUAAAAUGCUUGGUGUGUUGGUAAACGGAGUUUUCAACAAUCUUCCUGUAAGUCUCAAUGACGGAGCAGUUCAGGUUUACAGAGAAGGAAGAAAUUAUGUCAUCACGACAAAUUUUCAACUGAUCGUCACGUAUGACCUGGUCUAUCACGUGACAGUCACGGUACCCGGUAAUUACCGUGGCAAAGUCUGCGGCCUGUGCGGCAACUUCAACGGCGACAAAAACGACGACUUCCAGAUGUCCAACAGUAAAGUCACUAAAGAUGUGAACGCGUUUGGAGGUUCGUGGAAGGUGACCGUUCCUAAUGUGGUGUGUGAGAACGGCUGUGAGGGGCAGAACUGUCCUGACUGUGACCCGGCUCGCAAGGCUGUGUUCUCAGAGACCACCUACUGCGGUGUUCUAACAGCACCCAAAGGUCCGUUUGCUGUCUGCCACAGUAAGCUGGACCCACAGCCAUACUUUGAUAACUGCGUGUUUGAUUUGUGUGCCUCAAACGGAGACGGAGACACGCUUUGUGACAGUGUGGCAGCCUACGCCUACAACUGUCACAUGGCAGGCACUGAUGUCAAAGACUGGAGGACUCCAUCCUUCUGCGCCAUGAAAUGCCCCUCAAACAGUCACUAUGAGGUGUGUGCUGCACCCUGGUCUGCUUCCUGCCCCGGUCUCACAGAGAUCGUUCAGUUCUCCUCCGGCUGUGCAGAAGGCUGUGAGUGUGAUGUGGGUUUCCUGUUCAAUGGGGAGACGUGCAUCAAUGAGACCCAAUGUGGCUGCUAUGAGAAAGGGAAAACAUACAUGCCUGGUGAAGUCAUUCAUCAGGACGACUGUAACACAAAAUGCACCUGUGAUCCAUCGAGAGGCCUCGUCUGUGAGAAACAAACCUGUCCUACAAGCACCAAAUGCAUGGUCAAGGAAGGCAUCAGGGCAUGCUACAACACAGACCCCUGCAAAGAUGCCAACUGUCGUGUCCAGGAAACUUGCCGCGUGGAUAAGGAUGUGGCCACCUGCGUUCCCAAGUUCACAGGCACCUGCUGGGCCUGGGGCGACCCCCACUACCACACAUUUGACGGUUUGAACUUUGACUUCCAGGGAACCUGCAGGUAUGUCAUCUCCAAGACCUGUGGAGCGCUGAACGGCCUGGUCCCCUUCUCCGUCACCGAGAGGAAUGACAACAGAGGAAACACCGCGGUUUCUUAUGUCAGGGAGGUCGAUGUGCUCGUGCAUGGGUACAACAUCACAAUCCGGAAAAACCAAGUUGGUCAAGUCACGGUAAAUGGUGAGCUGCUCAAUCUCCCAGUAGAACUGGGGGGUGGUAAAGUGUCUGUGCUUCAGAAAGGAUCCACUGCAGAGGUCGGAACAGACUUUGGCCUGGUGGUCUCUUAUGACUGGAACUGGUAUCUAGUCGUUAAACUCCCCAGCAGCUACUACGGCAGCGUCUGUGGGUUGUGUGGCAACUUCAACGGCAACAUGGGUGACGAGCUCCAGAACCCAGCUGGGAAUGCUGUCUCCUCCGUAAUAGAGUGGGCUAAGAGCUGGCAAACGCCGGAUCAGGACAAAGACUAUCCGUGCUGGGACACGUGUGAGAAAAACUGCCCUACCUGUGAUAAUGAUGACAGGAAACUCUAUGAGACCCAGGGUUUCUGUGGGGCCUUAGCGGCUCAGACCAACAGUGUGUUUAGGAUGUGCAACGGAAAGUUGGACCCGCAGGCCUUUAUGAACAGCUGUGUGUAUGACAUGUGUUUAAAUAAGGGAGACAAAAAGAUGCUGUGUCAAGCUCUGGCCUCCUACAAUGCGCAGUGUCGCGAGCAGGGGAUAAUCAUCAAGGACUGGAGGAAGAUGUUUGGCUGCCCAAUGAACUGUCAGCCCAACAGCCACUAUGAAGACUGUGCCAGCUCAUGCCAGCCAUCCUGCCCAUUCCCUGGGGAAAAGCAGCAGUGCAGCGGCGCCUGUGUGGAGGCCUGCGUGUGUGAUCAAAAUUACGUCCUUAGCGCUGGCAUCUGUGUGCCUGCGGCAACAUGUGGUUGCUCUUAUCAGGGACGCUACUACAAACCGGGCCAGCAGUUCUGGGCCGACGAGGCUUGUGGCCGCCUGUGCACAUGCAACACGACCCUGGGCAUGGUAAAGUGCCGUGAAGCCUCUUGCUCGUCUAAAGAGAAAUGCACCGUAGUGGAUGGGGAGCGUGCCUGCAGACCCAUCAGCUACGCCACUUGCACAGCCUCAGGUGACCCACACUAUCGCACUUUUGAUGGCCGCAAAUAUGACUUCCAAGGCACGUGUGUGUAUCAGCUAGCUGGCCUGGGCUCUCAGCAGCCCGGGCUGGUACCUUUUAAUGUCACCGUGCAGAAUGACAACCGGGGGAACAAGGCUGUGGCCUACACAAGGACUGUCAACAUUUCCAUGUAUGGUGCUACUCUCAUCAUCAGCAGAGAAUACCCCUACAAGGUCUUGCUCAAUGGGCAGCUCACUUCGCUGCCUCUGGAUUACAACAACACGCUGGUGGUGUUUCGGAGCGGCAGUGCAGCUGUAGUGGAGACAGAUGCUGGAGUCACCGUGAGCUUUGACUGGCAGAGCACGGUCAGUGUCACUUUGCCCAGCAGCUACCAGGGAGCGGUCAGCGGUCUGUGUGGCAACUACAACGGAAACGCUCAGGACGACCUGACCAUGUCGAACGGUAAAACCGCCCCGGAUGGCACCAGGCUGGGGGAGAGCUGGCAGGUGGCCCUUGCACCGGGCUGUUCAUCGGUCUGCGAGGGGUCGUGGUGCCAGGCCUGUUCAGACUCCCAGAAGAAAGUGUACGAAGCUACAAAGCAGUGCGGUAUCAUUGUUGACAAGGCAGGGCCUUUCAAAGACUGUCACAGUCAGGUGGACCCAGCUCCCUACAUGGAGGACUGUGUUUAUGAUGUCUGUCAGUAUCAGGGCCAUCAACGACCGAUGUGCGAUGCUGUACAGGUGUAUGUGUCUGCCUGUCAGAGCAAAGGAAUCACUGUCCUCUCCUGGAGAACAGACACAUUCUGCUCAAUGAAGUGCCCCGCUAACAGUCACUACGCCCUGUGUGCCACCGGUUGCCCGACCACCUGUGCCAGUCUAAACUCCUUGUCCACCUGCCACAGACGCUGUGCAGAGACCUGUGAGUGUAAUCAAGGCUACCUGCUGAGCGGAGAGGCCUGUGUGCCUGUAAGAGAGUGUGGGUGCUCCUAUGAUGGUCGGUACUAUAAGAAAGGGGAGAUUUUCUUUCCUCAAAACAAGUGUGAUCAGCAGUGUACCUGUGAAGAGAAUGGGGCGGUAACUUGCCAAAAGAAUAAAUGCCAGCUAGGAGAAGUUUGUAAGCUUGUAAAUGGAGUGAACGGAUGCCACCCUGAGGGGGAAGGGAAAUGCGUGGCGUCCGGUGACCCACAUUACAUCUCCUUUGAUGGACAGAGGUUCGAUUUCCAGGGCACUUGUGUCUACGUUCUGGCGAAGGUUUGCGAUGGGGACAAAGGACGGCUGACAUCAUUCACUGUCACCCAAGGCAAUGAAAAGUAUGGGAAUGGAAAAGUGGCUGUAACCAAGUCAGUUGCAGUGACUGUCUACGGUCAUGUGAUUUUCAUUCAGCAGCAAGUGCCUUGGAGAGUCAUUGUAAAUGACGAGCUGCUUAACCUUCCUCUCUCCCUAGAAGAGGGCCGGCUUACAGUCACCCAACAAGGUCGUAACAUCGUGGUCCAAACAGACUUUGGACUGAAAGUUCUCUAUGACACUGUGUACUAUGUUGAGGUGAUAGUGCCGUCUACAUACCAGGGUAACAUGUGUGGUCUGUGUGGGAACUACAACAAGAACGGGGCCGAUGACUUCAGGCUUCCUGAUGGAAAACAAACAAAAGACGUUGAUGAGUUUGGGAAGGCGUGGGUUCUGGACCUGCCUGAUUACGUGUGUGGUGGCUGUGGAGGCCAGUGUCCGGGGUGUGAGCCAGCCAAAGCUGCACUGUAUGGAAAAGCAGACUCCUGCGGCAUCAUGAGUGAGCCUAGCGGGCCAUUCAGAGCCUGCCACAGCAUCAUCAACCCAGCAGCUUACGUUUCUCAUUGCGUGUUUGAUGUUUGUGCUACGAGUGGAAACAAAGACACCCUGUGCAGCAGCGUGCAGGCCUACGCGCUGGCCUGCCAGAGUGCAGGAGUUCAAAUCCAGACAUGGAGGAGCAGCUCAUUCUGUCCUGCUUCCUGUCCUCCACACAGCCACUACGAGGUGUGCGCUGACACCUGCAGUGGAACAUGUGCCAGCUUCAUUCAACGAGUCACUUGCUCUGGAAGUUGUUUUGAAGGAUGCCAAUGUGACGCUGGUUUUGUUUUUGAUGGCAUCCAAUGUGUUCCCCUGGAAAACUGUGGGUGUAUGCACAACGACCGAUAUCUUACGGUGGGCCAAGACGUGGUGGACAAAGACUGCAAAUCCAGCUGCGUGUGCCAGGCCUCGGGGCUGGUGAAGUGUGAGAAGCUGUCCUGCUCUGAUAAAGAGGUUUGUGAUGUACGUGACGGGGUCAGAGGUUGUCACAUCAAACAGGGUCACUGCAGCGUCAGCCCACCUGGCAAGCUGAGCUCCUUUGACGGCAUGUCCGGAGAAAUGAGGGCACAGGGGGCAUUUGAGGUGGCUUCUGUGUGCGAUGAAACCUCUAAGCAUUGGUUCCGUGUGGUUGUGGAUGUCAGGAUCUGCAGCAAGAAGUCCCUUCUUGCUGUUGCCACGGUGUAUGUGUUUUUCAACGACACCACGGUGACAGUGAACAGCCAGCAUGACACUUGGGUGAAUGGCAGGAAAGUGUCUCUCCCCAGCAAAGUGACCAACGAGCUGUCAGUCCAGAUCUCAGACAGGAGCGUGGUCAUUGAGAGGGCAUCAGCUGUGCAGGUCACCUAUUCUGUUUCACAAGAGGUCACCAUCACUAUUGACACCAGCCUGUCUGGUAAGAUGUGUGGUGCCUGUGGAAACUACAACGACAACUCCACCGAUGACAUGAAAACAGCAGACGGGAAAGCAGCCACUGAUGUGUCUGGAGUCAUGGACUCUUGGAGUGCUGGAGACUUUUCUAGUUGUGGUCUGUAGAGACGAUGGCUCUGCAUCAACAGAGAAAAGCCUCCUGCACAAAGGAUGAAGACAGUGUUUUUCUGUUUGCAUCAUCAGCAUCGUCACCACUUCCUUCUUUUGUUUCCUGGUAGCCUGGGGUCUCAUUUAUCAAACAUUGCGUAGAAUCCUUACUAAAACCGUACUUAAGAUCAGCAAAAAAAAAGUACUUACGCCAAGCAGGUUUGUGAUCUAUCAAACAUGGAGUACGCACAGCUGCACGCAAUCUCCGCUUCAUAAAUCAGAGACUAACGAGAAUGUUUCUCAGCUGCUUUUUAGUCACAUCCCGCCCUCACCACGCCCACUUACUGACAUAAAUAGUCAAUGCAAAGUGCCUUGUGGAUCUCAUGCAUAUACAUAAUCAAAUCAAUCAAUCAAUCAAUACUUUAUUAAUCCCAGAGGGAAAUUAGAGAUAAGCCGACUGUUGCAGCGCUCCGCCAAUGACAUGGUGACCGUAGAUCAAGGCAGAUCAAGGAAGUACUAUUUCACAAGCAGAAGUUGAGGUACCUGUGGGUGAGGUGGAGAACUGAAAGGAAGUGCUUUUGCAAAACAAAUAAGAGAAAAUCCACGGAGUGGCACAGCGUUGCUGAAGCCGUCAAUGCUGAGUUCUUCAGAGAGAUCUGUGGCGGAUAUAAAAAAAUGAUCCGAUCAGGAUUUGAUUCCCAGACUCCCGGGUGAAAGUCAUGCACACUAACCAGUCACCCAAACGGAGAUCUCCCUUGUUCAAGUAGCCAGGGCGCAUGAUCAAUCAGGUCACAGUGACAGGACACACACACCGUCACAGACGCAUGAUGUUCUGUCUCAAUCUGCCCCCCUGCUGAUUUCUGCAUUCCACAUUCUGGCUUCAGGCUGUGUGUGUGUGUGUGUGUGCGCGCGCGCGUGCGUGAGGCAGUGUGUGUGGAGUGUGUGCGCAUGUGUGUGUGUGUGUGUGCACGUGUGUGUGUGUGCAUGUGGGGGGACUUGUUCUGUGUGAAAACGAAGCGGUACAAGUGAUAAUGCUGCAGGAAUUCAUAAUUGUAUCUUCUCAGCAGCAGCACUGCAGGUGCUCUCCAUGUCCAUCAUGUGCAUAAGCCAGGUCCUUAGUCAGCUUAAAGUUGCGCACAUUUUUCCACUAAGUUUUCUUUCAUAAAUCCCAAAGUUUGCGUGGAAAGUUACUUACGCAGUUUUCCGAUCCCGUUUUGUGUAAGCAAGCUUGAUAAAUGAGGCCCCUGGCCUAUUAUCGUUCUCUGUAAAGGUCAAACCAUGUGGCUCAUUCUUGUCCAACACCUCCAUCUAGUGGAGACAUGGAAGACUGCAACAUGUUAUUUCUUCUGCUUGCUUAGAAAUACACUAUUUUCAUUCUGACUACUAAAUAAAUACCUUUUGACGACAAA